AUGUUAGUUAACAAAUUCUAUUCCCGUUUUGAAAGUAGCAGGCAGUUCGACAAGCAGACGAGCGAUCUGUAUCAGAUCGUCCAGGGUCCCAAGGAGACCAUCAGAACUUAUUGGUCUCAAUUCAACAAGGAGAAUGUCUCAAUCAAGAAUGUCGACAAUAGGACUGCCACUGAAGCCUUCCUCCGCGGAUUGCAUACGGAUUCGGACCUGUACAAAGAUAUGGUCAAGUAUCCUUGCUCAACAUUUGAAGAAGUCCGGACCAAAGCCGUGGCUCAAAUGCGCUUCGACGAAGAUAUCGCCAAUCGCAGCUCCUACCCCAGUUCCAGAAUUUCGUCUGAUCGGAAGGCCCCAAGCAAUCCAAGAGGAUCGUGGCGACAUCAGCCUUACGAGGCAGCAGGUAGAUCACGCUCUGUUAGUGCUGUGCAGGUCGAAGAUAUCUUCGACGCCCCGCAAUACCACGAAAUAUCUGAGUAUGGCUUCGACGUGAAUAUCGUAGCAGUAGUAAAAAAGUUGGAGCCCCUGGGAAGCAAAGUGCGCUGGCCGUCGAAGAGCAACAAGCCGGAAUGGGAGAAAUAUAUGAGCAAAUGGUGCGAGUUCCAUAGCGAUCAUGGCCAUAAGACGGAAGAUUGCUACGCCCUGCGAAGCGAGGUCGCCUUCCAGCUGAAGAGAGGCAACCUCAAGCAUCUGUUGGAGAAAAAGAAAAGUAAUGACGCAAGUCGCCAUCAGCCAGAAACGACGACAACAGUCGGACCUCCAAAACCCCCUGUACCUAAGGUAAUAGUUAACGUUAUCACUGGUGGUUCCGAUAUUUGUGGACUAACCUAUUCUGCAACAAAGAGGAUCGCAAAGUCGACGAUAGAUAAUGCAGAUGUCCUAAACGAAAUCAGAGACCCCCUAGAAAAGAAGCUGGAGGCAAUGUCAAUUACCUUCGAUGAUGACGACGUCAACAACAUCAAUAGAGAGCAUGAAGACUCUUUGGUAAUUUCUUUGGUCGUCGGGAAUUGUCUGCUUUGA